AGGGGCCGCGGCCGCCCCUCCCCCCCGGGCCGCGGGGGGAGGGGCGCGCGGAGUGGGACUCUUUCCGUUUGGUCCAGCCCCGCGGUGCACGCAGUUCCCAACACUUCUCGUCAUCCUCUCUCUGCUCUCUUUAUUCUGCUGAGCGGUGCUGUUAGGAUUUCUUUCUCUCUCUUUUUUCCCCUACCUCCUCCUUCUCCUCCUCCUCCUCCCUUGACCACGCUCGCAAUGGUGGGUAGCUGCAAGGUGGCCCUGGCAGGGGAGGGGUUUGAUGUGGACAUUGGGGCACCGGGCGAGAAAGGUCUCCUUUCAACUUUGUCUUGUGGCUUGCACCCCGGGAGGAGGCCACAUGCCGAUUGUGGGGUGUAGAUGUGCUGGGAGUGAUUUCUAAGUAGUUGAGUUGUUGAGAUGAGGGUACGACGGCUAAUGGUAGGCAGGUUUUGUUUUCGUGGGUGAAUCCGGUGUCAUCAUAUUCCGGUCAUAUGUUGAAAUAUUCUUUGUUUAGGUCUUGAAGUAGAGGAUCUCCCUCUGCACGUCCACAUUGUGUUGUUUUUAAAUGAUGUCUUCGGGAGUAUGGAUUUCUAGAAUCUCAAAUGUGAUUUUAAGGUCUCGGCAUGUGUGGGCCUCAGCACUGGCCUUGACAGUGAACUUUGUGGCUGCUUUUUUUUUUUUUUUUACUUCUAAGAUUUUACUCUAUAGCUGGGAUGCUAGUUAUGCUUAAUGGUAGGUAUCAGCAAUGUAGAGUCUUGAGCUGAGGAAGUUAGAGAGGGAAGGGCAUUUAUUUAUUAAUAAUUGAUAGCUGAAUGUUAGAAUCAGAUUCAUUUGGGCUGGUUGAAGGUUUUUUUUCCUCCCUUUUUCUUUUAAAGCAGUCAUGCACUCUAGGAAGGAAGCCUUUUGGCAGGCACUCUUCAUGGUGGUUCUUUGGGGGCACUCGGGGGGGGGGUCACCCUGUAGGAGAUCUUCAGCAUCAUCUGUAGCUUUAUUGAGGGCCUGUUCAGGGGGCUCAAAUUAAGGCUAAGAAGUGUAAGGCUACUUUUUGGGAAAGUCUUUCUGUUAUUUGUUUACAUUUCAUGUCUCCUCGCUUUUGGGCAGUAGAGAUAAAUAGGUCAGCGCUCCUAUUGGUUUUUGAAGGUUAACCCCCUCCCCCUUUUUCAAAGUUUUACCAUCUACUUGGUUUACAGCCUUGUAGGAAAGCAUUACUGAAAUUUUCCUGCGAAUACUGUUACUCAUUUUAAUUUCGUGCUUUUACAUAUUCAAAACUUGACUUGGAAACUGGGAUUAGAGAGCUGAAGGAGAGCCAGUUUCCCCAAAAUUGGACUUCUCAGAACCUUUAAUAUGCUAAUGUGCAUUGUGAAUCUCCAAGAUGGGGAUAUGAUAUGCAGCAUUCUUGAAUCCUUCUAAUGACAGGGAGCCCACUACCUCAUAAGCUGCAGCAACAAGAGGAGCUUGUUAUUUUAAACGGAGGCUGAAGACACUGUAGAAUUAGCAGACAUAAGAGAAAGUGGAGAAGGUAGAGGAUGGAGUUGCAGACUCUACAGGAGGCUCUUAAAGUGGAAAUUCAGGUUCACCAGAAACUGGUUGCUCAAAUGAAGCAGGAUCCACAGAUAUUUUUUCUUUCCAAUCAGAAUGCUGACUUAAAGAAACAGCUUCAUGAACUCCAAGCCAAAAUCACAGCUUUGAGUGAGAAACAGAAAAGAGUAGUUGAACAGCUGCGGAAGAACCUGAUAGUCAAGCAAGAGCAGCCGGACAAGUUCCAGAUACAGCCAUUGUCACAGUCUGAAAAUAAACUACAAACAGCACAGCAGCAGCCACUACAGCCACUACAGCCACUGCAGCAGCAGCAGCAACAACAGCAGCAGCAGCAGCAGCAGCAGCAGCAGCAGCACGCCCAGCAGUCAGCAGCACCGCCCAGCCUGACUGCAUCACAGAAGACUGUAACUACAGCUUCUAUGAUUACCACAAAGACACUACCUCUCGUCUUGAAAGCAGCAACUGCGACCAUGCCUGCCUCUGUUGUGGGCCAGAGACCUACCAUUGCUAUGGUGACCGCCAUCAACAGUCAGAAAGCUGUGCUCAGCACUGAUGUGCAGAACACACCAGUCAACCUCCAGACGUCUAGUAAGGUCACUGGGCCUGGGGCAGAGGCUGUCCAAAUUGUGGCAAAAAACACAGUCACUCUGCAGGUUCAAGCAACACCUCCUCAGCCCAUCAAAGUACCACAGUUUAUCCCUCCUCCUAGACUCACUCCACGUCCAAACUUUCUUCCACAGGUCCGACCCAAGCCUGUGGCCCAGAAUAACAUUCCUAUUGCUCCAGCGCCUCCUCCCAUGCUUGCAGCUCCUCAGCUUAUCCAGAGGCCUGUCAUGCUGACCAAGUUUACACCUACAACCCUCCCCACAUCCCAGAAUUCCAUCCACCCCGUCCGUGUCGUCAAUGGGCAGACCGCAACCAUAGCCAAAACGUUCCCCAUGGCCCAGCUCACCAGCAUUGUGAUAGCUACUCCAGGGACCAGACUUGCUGGACCUCAGACUGUACAGCUUAGCAAACCAAGCCUUGAGAAGCAGACAGUUAAAUCCCACACAGAAACAGAGGAGAAACAAGCAGAGAGCCGUACCGUCACUCCACCUGCUGCACCAAAACCAAAACGAGAAGAGAACCCUCAGAAACUUGCCUUCAUGGUGUCUCUAGGGUUGGUAACACAUGACCAUCUAGAAGAAAUCCAAAGCAAGAGGCAGGAGCGAAAGAGAAGAACAACAGCCAACCCGGUGUACAGCGGGGCCGUCUUCGAGCCAGAGCGUAAGAAGAGUGCAGUCACUUACCUUAACAGCACAAUGCAUCCUGGGACACGGAAGAGAGGUCGUCCUCCAAAAUACAAUGCAGUGCUGGGGUUUGGAGCCCUUACCCCAACAUCCCCCCAAUCCAGUCAUCCCGACUCCCCUGAAAAUGAAAAGACAGAGACCACAUUCACUUUCCCUGCACCUGUGCAGCCUGUGUCCCUGCCCAGCCCCACCUCCACAGACGGUGAUAUCCAUGAGGAUUUUUGCAGUGUUUGCAGAAAGAGUGGCCAGUUACUGAUGUGUGACACAUGUUCCCGUGUGUAUCAUCUGGACUGCUUAGACCCGCCUCUGAAAACAAUUCCCAAGGGCAUGUGGAUCUGCCCUAGAUGUCAGGACCAGAUGCUGAAGAAGGAAGAAGCAAUUCCAUGGCCUGGAACUUUAGCCAUUGUUCAUUCCUAUAUUGCCUACAAAGCAGCAAAAGAAGAAGAGAAGCAGAAGCUACUUAAGUGGAGUUCAGAUCUAAAGCAGGAGCGGGAGCAGCUGGAGCAGAAGGUGAAAGAGCUCAGCAGCUCUAUAAGUAAAUGUAUGGAGAUGAAGAACACCAUCCUGGCGAGGCAGAAGGAAAUGCGCAGCUCCCUGGACAAGGUGAAACAGCUCAUCCGCCUCAUCCAUGGCAUCGACCUCUCCAAGCCUGUAGACUCUGAGGCCACGGUGGGGGCCCUCUCCAACGGCCCAGACUGCACCCCCUCUACCAACGCCGCCUCCACCCCCACCCCCUCCCCCUCCUCGCAGAGCUGCACAGUGAACUGUAACCCGGGGGAAGAGACUAAAUAACAGAGCCCUCGAGGAGAUGCCGCAGUCCCAGUGGCAAGGAGACUCGAGAAAAGCAAAGCCGGAUUCUUCUGGAAAGUACAGAAUUCUUUUGGUUCUUUGGUUCCAGAGAGAGAGAAGAUGUUUGUGCCAGGUGGCACCCGAGUUUGCCAAUUGAUUCUUCUUAUUCUGUGUGUACAUGCAAAGAUUGGACCAUGUUACAUGAAAUAGUGCCAGCUGGAGGUUCUUUGCCAGCACCAUGCCAAGUGAAAUAAUAUAUUUACUCUCUCUAUUAUACACCAGUGUGUGCCUGCAGCAGCCUCCACAGCCACGGUGGGUUUGUUUUUGUUUUGUUGGGUGGGGAGCAGGGACGGGCGGAGGGAGAGCAGGUUUCAGAUCCUUACUGGGAGCCGUUUGUUUAGGUAGAAAAGACAAGUCCAAAGAGUGUGUGGGCUUUCCUGUUCCUAAACUUUCACUACCAUAAAACCAAAAAAACAAAAAAGAGGAAAAAAAAGAAAAAAAAGGAAAUAGAGGUUUAACUAACCCAGUGCCCAGAGGAGGGCCGGGGAAGGCUGGGGGGACAAGGGUGGGAAAGUAUAUGACAUAAGCAGUAUUUAAUGUUUCCGGAGGGGCCCUAGUGCCAGGAGAGCCCAGGUCCCUCCCAGCUCCGCUGUCUCCCACAGCCUCCAGCACCCGUUCCCGCCCUCUGCUUGGUGUAGUGCACAGCCCCAGGUGGUCCCCAGGCCUUGCUGAAGCAGGGAAGGGAAGGUGUGUGGUCCAGGAGGGAGAAAGGCGGAUCAGAGGUUUUACUUGAAAACAAGCUCCAUCCUUUUUCUAUAUUUAUAAGAAGAGAAGGUUCUGAGCAGGGCAGCGUGACCCAGGUGUGUGGCACGACCAGGUGUGUGUGAAUGGAGACAACCCUUUUCUCUUCUUCAAGCUUAUUUUUUGUUUCUGUUCUUGUUUUGUUUAAACCAAGUUUUAUUUCAUGGUUUAUUUUACCUUCUGUGUUUUUGUUUUUGUAACAAGAACUAAAAUGAGGAAUAGAAAGCUGUUUCAGGCUGACAGUCCUUUAAGGGUAGCGAGACCUUGCAUGGUAGAUUAGCGUCACAGUGUCGGUGAGGUCAGUGAGUCUUUGUGCGUCCUGUGUCAUCGUUCAGGCACCAUUUGGUUGUUUGGUUUGGUUUUGUUUUUCUUUCUGGUGUCUUUUUGUUUUGUUUUGUUUUGUUUUGUUUUUAAUGCAAGGGCAAAAAAAAUCUUUGUACCUGGGGAAAACAACAGCAACUUUCUUUUUUUAAUUAAAAAGGAAAAUAAAAGAUAUUGAGGUCUUCCUAGUGUUACUUAAAUUAAGAUCAAGGUAAGAAACAUUGUAAAAAAAAUUACAAAAGUGCUAUUUGUUUCCUAAAAAAAAAAAACAAAACAAAAAACAAAAAAAACAGUGAUUUAUAUUAAAAAGGUGUCAGAACUGGAGAAAAUGCCGUGUAGUUAUAAUUUUUUAGCACAGAACCUGCUGACCACGAUGACAUUUUGCUGUGUUUGUGUCUCUAGACUGGUGGGCCAGUCUUUAGAGUGGCAGGUCCUCCUGUCUCCUCCCUCCUCAGACUGUGCUGUCUUUUUUGAUACAGGGAUUGCAUCUCCUGUGCUUGAAGCCAAAAUGGAGUGUGCAUGGUGUGAGGGCCUCCCCAUGGUCUCAGACUUUGCUAGAGUGCAGGCUGGCGCCCACCUAAGACCUUCCUUUGGUGCUGCUCUCAGUCUUACAGCCACCAGCAUUCCAUAUGCCUCGGGGGCGCCUCGGGGGACUGACCAGCGAGGCUCCUUGCUGCCUGUACACUUGGCCUGUGGGGUGGGGUGGGGUGUAGGCUGGCUGGAGCAGAACUAAGGAGGGGGUCCCUUGAGGGCUCAUAUGUCUCUCAGAGCCCAGGUGGCCUUCAAGUCCAUCUUGUGUUGAAGAAAGGUCUGCAACUCCAGCUGUCCUCUGCCUCCUGGCGCCAGGCUCACAGUUCACUCCAUCCCACCCACCCACAUGCUUCCUGGGUGUCUCUGAGCUAGAAUCACUAUGCUUGCCUUGUCUGGCCUAUUGUGGCCUUUUCUUCCUGGAAAACUGGGGUUCUGAAAGGCUCUCUAGUCAUCUCCCCUACAAACCAUGGGGAAAGUAACUGAGAUGCAUGCUCCCACUGGAAACCUUUGUCUAUUACAUGUCCUCGAGUGAAGGGACAGAGGCCUAGGUCCUGCCCUCAGGUCCACAAGCAGCAUCCCUGGAACCCACCGGCCCCCCAAGUCUAGGAAUAGCAGGAAAGGCCCCUUUGCUUCCUCUUGCCCUGUUAGGUCCUGGAUCCUGACAGUAACUACAGCAGACAGGGGUGCUCCUGAGAGUGAGCAAGGCCCAUCCACACCAGCCGGCCAUUCCUUGCCCCAGCAUUUGAGAAGGGGGUGUAGUUUGGCUGUACCAGCCUCAGCGUCAGGCCUCUGACUUCAGGUCAGGUUGACUGAGGGGAGCAGAAAAGAUCCCUCUUUUCUUAUUCUGAAACUAAGGUGCUAACUCUAGUUAGUGAGCUUUGGAGAUGCCUGGACUAGUUGGAGGAAUCUUUGGCAGAGGAUCAGAGAGACCAGCAGCAGGCUGAUGCCCUGUCUUGGCUCCCCCAACCUCCCAACCUCUUGUUGGACUUGUCUGGGCCCAUAGGCUAGGGCUUGGCACACAGUGCCUACCUGGGAUGGAAAGAGGUUGAGAAGCCAUCAAUCCCUACAGGCCUUUGCCCCAGAAGGGCUGCUUGCUGGUGACCAUGCAGGAAUUGAGCAACAUAGAUUCCCUUCUUGUAAUGUUUGGAAAUGAACUGCUUGAGUCUACUGGAGCGGAGUGAAAAAUGUAGCUCUGCUCUAGGCCUCCACUGCAGGCCCUGUCCCUCAGUCUACACGCCUGUCACUCUCAGAACAAAGCUCCUGUCCCCUUAGACCUGUGAGUCCCUGUGACCACCUGGGACACACAUGCUGUUCUCCUGACCCGCCUCCAUCCCGCCACCUUCCCUCCCAUGCCCUCAGUGUAUUGCUUCCAGCCACGUGUGUGGGGCCCGCCGGCUCGGCAGGUGCUUUGGAGGGCCUUGGACCGGGAGCGCCCUGUCCCAGGUCAGGCUGGCAGGUGCAGGCUGUAAAGGCAGUGAGGUCAGCACCACCAUCUCACCUUCCUCACGUGAAGGGUCCUUCCUCCUUCUGAGCCCACUGUCUUCUUCCCUCUGCUGAUCCACCAGUCCUCAUCCCUUCUUUCCUUCCCUGCCUGCUGAUGGCACCCUUCAGGGAGGACUCGACUAGGGGCAGUCCGUCCCUGGAUGGCUUUACCUGUGUGGGGCCUGUCUCUAGAGCCAGUGACAACCACCAGGCAGCCUCCAGCUGGCCCCCAUCUUAGUGACUGGUUUCCUCUAGGGCCACCUCUCCUGCUGCUGCUUCCUGUCUGAAACCCAACAGGCAGUGUUAAGGGUGCGUGUGUACCCAGCACUGACCCAGGGUUUCCAGCUGUCCGUCUGCAUGUACAGCUGCCUCUCCGCCACCUCUCUCGGGGCUAUUGGAGCCCUCUUGAGUCUCAGCACCAGCCCCCAGCUCACACGUUUUACGUGGUCUCUUCCCGUUAGGCCCUUCUUGGAUAUGGACCUUACCUAACUAAAGGGCUGAACUCUGGAGGACACUCCUCCCAGGGGCAGGAGUCGAUGAACCAGUGGCCCUUUUCUGGACACUGGGUUCUUCAGAGUCCACGGCUUCUGUUGAAUGCAGACUACUUUGCUCUGUGUAAAUGACUGUGGACCUUGUCCCACCCCUCAUCCAAGUACCCUUGGCAGAAAACAGUCUGGUUUCUCAUCCUACCUUCAGCCUGUGCUCCUGCCGGCUCCUCCUCCAGGAGAUGGGUGACCCCUGGGAAGAUUGCGCUGGCCCUCCCCGAGGAAUGAAGAGUCCUGAGAGCCAGGGUGGUACUCUUUAGCGGUUCCACAUGGCAGCCUUGGCCCCUGCACCCCUCUCCAGUGUCCUCGCUCUUAGCCCAGGGUGAGUUGCAGUCAGGUGGGUGGGCUAAGCAGACCAGAGGUCAUGGAGCUCCGAGACAGAGCCAGCCAGACCCAGUCCUGUCUGUGUCCAUGCCCUUUGUGAUUUCAGUCUUGGUAGAAUUUGUAUUUGGAGUUUUGUGCUUCAAACUUUCUGUUUUGUUUGUUUGGUUUUUGUUUUGAGGGGGUGGGGGGUACAGAGCAGCCGAUCAAUUUGUAUUUAUUUAUUUUAACAUUUUACUAAAUAAAGCCAAAUAAAGCCUCUCA